ACAAAUAUUGUGAUUGCGCGCGGCGCCAAAAACAUUGACCACAGACGCGUCCGGCACACGUGGCGAAAUAGAUGCACACCACAUGCUCCAAACCAAGAGUGUGAUUCACAGCUACCGCGAGGUGGGCAUCCUGCUGCUCUACCUGGCCGUGGGCGUGUCCGUCUUCUCCGGGAUGGCCUACACCGCAGAGUACCAGGAAGACACGGGCCUGGACACGAUCCCGGCGUGCUGGUGGUGGGGCACGGUGAGCAUGACGACGGUGGGCUACGGCGACGUGGUGCCCGUCACGGUCGCCGGGAGGCUGGCGGCCGCCGGCUGCAUUCUGUGCGGCACCCUGGUGGUGGCGCUGCCCAUCACGCUCAUCUUCAACAAGUUCUCGCACUUCUACCGCCGACAGAAGGCGCUCGAGGCGUCCGUCCGCGACCCACCCGAGACGCGGGACCCGGGCGCGGGGGGCGUGGUCAACUACAGCUACGUGGAGCACGCCGCCCCCUGCGCGGCGGGGCGGCCGCCGUGACCCGCCCCGUUUGGGCCGUACUCGGAUUCCCAACACCAAAUUCUUUUAGCUUCAAAAUAAAACAAUUAAAAAUCUGUUGCACUUUUAAAAUUCGGCAUGUACAAGUAAAAAUACAAAUGUAAAGCAG